GAUUCCGCAGAUCAACCAUCCCAGCUACAUCCCCGAAGCUCGCCCAGAGCUUGCUGCGACAGGAUUCAACAAGCUUCACUUGUGGAAUCUCACGGCCUACGACAGAAUCAUUUAUUUGGAUGCUGAUGCUUUCGUACUCCAGGAUGUGCGCUGGAUCUGGGACGCCAAAUACUGGCGGCAUCCCGUGAACAGCGUGGCAGAGCUGGGGGGGCAAAUGAAG